UCUUCCCCGUCUUCGACCUCAGCUACUUCAUCAUCUCCAUCCUCUACCUCAAGUAUGAGCCAGGAGCCGUUGAGCUAUCCCGGCGUCACCCCGUGGCUUCCUGGCUCUGUGCCAUGCUGCACUGUUUUGGGAGUUACAUCCUGGCCGACCUGCUCCUUGGGGAGCCUGUGAUCGACUAUUUCAGCAACAACUCCAGCGUCCUGCUGGCCUCAGCUGUCUGGUACUUGAUUUUCUUCUGCCCCCUGGACCUCUUCUACAAGUGCGUCUGCUUCCUGCCCGUGAAGCUCAUCUUCGUGGCGAUGAAGGAGGUGGUGAGAGUCCGCAAGAUCGCCGUGGGCAUCCACCACGCACACCACCACUACCACCAUGGGUGGUUCGUCAUGAUCGCCACGGGGUGGGUCAAAGGUUCUGGUGUUGCCCUCAUGUCCAACUUUGAGCAGCUGCUCAGAGGGGUCUGGAAGCCGGAGACCAACGAGAUCCUACACAUGUCCUUCCCCACCAAGGCCAGCCUGUACGGAGCCAUCCUCUUUACCCUCCAGCAGACCCGCUGGCUCCCGGUGUCCAAAGCCAGCCUCAUCUUCAUCUUCACCAUGUUUAUGGUGUCCUGUAAGGUGUUCCUGACGGCCACCCACUCCCACAGUUCCCCAUUUGACGUCCUGGAGGGCUACAUCUGCCCCGUGCUGUUUGGGACGGCCUGGGGAGGUGACCAUCACCAUGACAACCAUGGCAUGGCCCAUGGCAUGGCCCAUGGCGGUGGGCCGGGUGCCCAGCAUUCGACUCUGCCAGCCAAGUCUAAGGAGGACCUGAACGAAGGUUCCAGAAAGAAGAAGACCAAGAAGGCGGAUUAAGGCAGAUUAGGAGGCUCAUGAGACACCCCGGAGAGGACCGGGGUCCAGGACUCCCAGAGGCGGGGCCUCCUGGGCUCAGAUUUCUCCUCGCUGAGCCUCAAUUUCCCCAUCUGCACAUGAGGGCCAUCAGCUCACCCUCCAGGGCUAGGCGGGGGACGGGGAUUAAAUGAGAUCUGGAGGCGAAGGAUUCUUGUAGGGAUGGAGGGGCCCUCUCUCUGCCCCUUUUGUGAGUGCGACGCAGAAUCCAGGCAGCAGCUCCAGCUAGAAAACUCUGCCCAGCCUUUUCUUGGCUCUGUCUUUACUUCCUUAAAACCGCAUCCUGACUCCAAAAGAAUUUCAAGCCAUAGCGAGACUCCGUUAUCCGAUGGCUGUUUCCAGACUCCUGCUGCAAACUAGGUGCUGGGAUUUUCGGAGUCUCUUCUUGCCCAGGCUCCUUAGUGGCUAGAUUUUCUCCUGUG